UCUCUCUCUCUCUCUCUCUCUCUCUCUCUCUCUCUGUGUACACCUCUAGUAUCCACAUUUCUCUCGCUAGCUUGCAAACGGAAGAAUUAUGGACAUUCGCCGGAGGCCUCCCUUGCGGUCUCACUACAAUCAAAAGCAUAAGGCCGACGAGACCGUCGAUCAGCGCUCUCCUAAAGCCUCCGAUGCUCUCCCGCUUCCGCUUUACCUAACUAACGGCAUUUUCUUCACGCUUUUCUUCUCCGUCUCCUAUUUUCUUUUACAGAGGUGGCGCGACAAGAUUCGUUCAUCUAUUCCGCUCCACGUUGUUACGCUCUCCGAGCUUGCGGCGAUUGUUUCUUUAAUUGCGUCAUUCAUUUACCUUUUAGGCUUUUUUGGAAUUGACUUUGUUCAAUCCAUUAUUUCGCGUAAUUCGGCCUGGGAUCUUGAAAACGAUGACGAACAGCGCUUCCUUGUGAACGAAGAUCGCAAUAUUCAUUCUCCUGCUAAACCUAGAUUAAUGGACCUUCCCGCUAUACCCUCGGUCUCCCAGGACGAUGAAGAGCUCGUAAAAUCUGUUGUUUCGGGGGAAGUUCCUUCGUAUUCUUUGGAAUCCAAGCUCGGGGAUUGCUUUAGAGCGGCUAAGAUCCGGCGCGAUGCGGUCCAGAGGCUUGUGGGUAGAUCUCUAGAAGGAUUGCCGUUAGAAGGGUUCGAUUAUGAUUCAAUUUUGGGUCAGUGCUGCGAGAUGCCGGUCGGAUACGUGCAGAUACCGGUAGGAAUUGCGGGGCCUUUGUUGCUCAACGGCUGCGAGUACUCAGUUCCUAUGGCCACCACGGAAGGUUGCUUGGUGGCGAGUACCAACAGGGGUUGCAAGGCCAUCUUUGCAUCUGGAGGUGCCACUUGUGUGCUUCUCCGAGAUGCCAUGACCAGAGCUCCGGUGGUGAGGUUCACAUCCGCGAAGAGGGCUACGGAAUUGAAGUUCUUCCUGGAGGACCCUCUAAAUUUUGAUACGUUAUCUGUUGUUUUCAGCAAGUCAAGCAGAUUUGCUAGACUUCAAGGUAUCAAAUGUGCUAUUGCGGGUAAAAAUCUUUACAUUAGAUUUAGCUGCAGCACAGGUGAUGCCAUGGGGAUGAACAUGGUUUCUAAAGGUGUUCAGAAUGUACUAGACUUCCUUCAAAAUGAUUUUCCUGAUAUGGAUGUUAUUGGUAUUUCUGGGAAUUUCUGUUCUGAUAAGAAACCUGCUGCUGUCAAUUGGAUUGAAGGGCGUGGAAAGUCAGUUGUCUGCGAGGCUAUCAUUACUCGACAUGUGGUGACGAAGGUAUUAAAAACCACAGUACCUGCUCUUGUUGAGCUCAACAUGCUCAAGAACCUUACUGGCUCUGCUGUAGCCGGUGCUCUUGGUGGCUUUAAUGCCCAUGCUGCCAAUAUAGUCUCUGCUAUUUACAUAGCCACUGGGCAGGAUCCGGCACAGAAUAUAGAAAGUUCUCACUGUAUCACUAUGAUGGAGGCCAUCAACAAUGGGAACGAUCUUCAUAUAUCUGUCACGAUGCCUUCCAUCGAGGUUGGCACAGUUGGAGGUGGAACCCAAUUAGCAUCACAAUCUGCUUGCCUCAACUUGCUUGGGGUAAAAGGUGCAAACAAAGAGUCCCCAGGGUCGAAUUCCCAGCUCCUGGCCACCGUAGUUGCUGGUUCCGUCUUGGCAGGUGAGCUCUCUUUGAUGUCCGCCAUUGCAGGUGGCCAACUUGUCAAAAGUCACAUGAAAUACAACAGAUCAAGCAGGGACGUGACGAAAAUUGGCUCCUAGGACGAAAGUAACUGUCGGAAACUGUACGACAUACAAAUCCAAAUGAGUGUGAAAAAGGCUGGGAGGAAGAACAGUCAUGAUGGGUAGAGGAUGAACUAAGAAUUUACAUGUGAGGCUGCUUGUCAUCACAGCUGGAAAGUCUUGGAAAGCAUGUGAAGCGUGAAUGUAGUUUCCCUGUCCCAGUACGAAAAGCAGUCCCUACUCAAUUAUCCGGAGCGUUCCUCUUGCAUUUGAUUUUCACCCUUUUCAAUUAGUGAAUCAAAAUUCGGUCCAUGCUUUUCUGUUCUUAGUUGUUUCGUCUGUCAUUAGUUGUAGGUUUGCCUCAGUGAUUCUAUUUAAAUGCGUGUAAUUCUUUGUCUUGUAAGCUCUUUCGUUUUGUACAGUUUGAUAUUUUCCGCAAGCCUUGUUUCGUUUUAUGCUCUC